UGCGUAGUUAUUCGCAGCCCUUGAUCUCUUGCUCAAAAACAUCGACCGCCUUUCCUUCUCACCUUUUCCGCCUCCUCUACGCACAACCCGCAGGUCGUUCUUUCCUUGACUCCAGACCUGCGUUCGCUCGUCCCCCCGAUUGUCCUUCUUCAGAAAUUAGAAUUCCUCUUUUUUGAGUCUCUUCUCUCCUAUUUGAAACGGCAACAAAUCGCACCUUUUGCAGCCUUCUUCCCGCUGCGGGCUCUUGUUCUUUUUUUGGGAACCAACUUUUGUUCUCCGUCGUCGUCUUGACCGCUGAUCGACUGGGCAGCCAUGGACGUCAAUCAAGUCCUGGAGAACACUUUUUCUCCGGAUGCGACGAUUCGAGGCAACGCCGAAGAACAAUUGAGACAAGCCCGCGAGGGAAAUUUUUCUGAAUACCUUUCCAUCCUCUCUCGAGAACUCGCCAACGACCAAGCCAGCGCAGCGGUCCGACAGGCCGCCGGUCUAGCCUUGAAAAAUGCCUUUUCCUACCGUGACAUCACCCGCUUAAGAGAGGUCCAGGCACGAUGGCUACAAGGCGUGGAUCCUCAGAUCAAGCGACAGGUCAAAGAGCUGGCUCUCAAGACACUCAAUGCCACACCCCAGGCCGCCCUUUCCGCCGCCCAGCUCAUCGCGACCGUCGCCGCCAUCGAACUGCCCCGCAAUGAGUGGCCUGAUUUGAUGCCUGCUCUCGUCCACAAUGUCGGCUCGGGAGAAGACAAGCUCAAGCAGUCGAGCCUCACCACCAUCGGCUUCAUCUGCGAGUCGGACGAUCUCGAGCUCCGCGAGUCCCUGGUCGGUUACUCGAACGCCAUCCUCACGGCCGUUGUUCAGGGUGCGAGAAAGGAAGAAACCAACCAGGACGUCCGGCUAUCUGCCCUCUCGGCCCUUAGUGACGCUACCGAGUUCAUCCGCAGCAACUUUGAGAAUGAAGGCGAGAGAAACUACAUUAUGCAGGUCGUGUGCGAGGCCACCCAAUCACAAGAUAUGAGAGUGCAGGCGGCUGCCUUCGGAUGUCUCAACCGGAUCAUGGGCAUCUAUUACGAUAAGAUGAGAUUUUACAUGGAAAAGGCCUUGUUCGGCCUGACGAUUGCGGGUAUGAAGAAUGACGAAGAAGACGUGGCCAAGUUGGCUAUUGAAUUCUGGUGCACCGUCUGUGAGGAGGAGAUCAGCAUUGAAGAUGACAAUACACAAGCACAGCAAGAAGGUUCCACUGAACUACGACCCUAUUUCCACUUCGCUAGAGUCGCAGCUCGAGAAGUCGUUCCGGUUCUGCUUCAGCUGAUGACCAAGGUGACGGAGGAUGACGCCGAGGACGAAUACAACACUGCCCGUGCAGCUUACCAGUGUCUGCAACUCUAUGCACAAACGAUCGGCGGGGAGAUCGUCCCAACGGUGCUGGCAUUCGUCGAACAGAAUUUGCGCAGUGAGGACUGGACCAAGAGGGAUGCCGCCGUAUCCUCGUUCGGUGCGAUCAUGGAUGGCCCCGAGAUCAAGACCCUGGAUCCCCUGGUCAAACAAGCCCUCCCAGUUCUGAUCGGCAUGAUGCAAGAUCCCGUCGUCCAAGUACAAGAUUCGGCAGCGUAUGCACUGAGCAGAAUCUGUGACUAUUGCUCGGACUGCAUUGACCCAUCAACACACCUCCAGCCUCUCAUGUCGGCUCUCUUCAAUGGCUUGAUGGCCAACCCAAAGAUUGCCGCAUCCUGCUGUCUGGCACUCUUGAACUUGACGGAGCGAUUUGUGGGUGAAGACGGAGCUGCUGCAAACCCUCUUACGCCACAUUUCCAGGACAGCGUCACCUCGUUGCUGGCCGUCACGGAAAAAGAAGGGGCCAAUAACCAACUUCGAACUGCCGCUUAUGAGGUUCUUGGCGGUUUCGUGACCAAUGCUGCUCAUGAUAGCCUACAGAUUGUGGCAGAACUUUCCAACGUCGUCAUCCAACGUCUGGAGGCCACAAUCCCCAUGCAGAAGCAAAUCGUUAGCAUUGAUGACAAGAUCACUCUUGAAGAACUGCAAGUCAGCUUGAGCAGUGUCUUGCUUGCCAUUGUUCAACGGCUCGAACAGAACAUUGCUCCUCAAGCAGACCGAGUCAUGCAGAUCUCAUUGGAGGUUCUCAAUGUCACUGGCCAGACCGCCGUUCCUGAAGUCAUUUUCCAGAUUGUCAGUGGGCUGGCAAACGCUCUGGCAGGCGAUUUCCUCAAGUACAUGGACUCGUUUGUCCCGUAUCUGUACAACGCCUUGGGCAAUCAAGAGGCUCCAGAUAUGUGCUCUUUGGCCAUUGGUCUUGUCAGCGACAUCGUCCGUGCAUUGGAGGACAAGGCCCAACCUUAUUGCGACACGUUUAUGAACUAUCUUUUGAAUAACCUUAGGUCCGAUAAACUUGCCAACCAACUCAAGCCUCCGAUCCUUGAGACCUUUGGUGAUGUCGCCACCAGCAUUGGCGAACACUUUGAGACUUACGUGACGGUGGUUGCCCAAGUCCUUCAACAGGCAAACAACGUGUCUGUUGCAAAUGACGUUUCAUUUGACAUGCUUGACUACAUCGUGUCACUUCGUUCAGGGAUUGCCGAUGCCUGGUCCGGCUUGAUCUUAGCUUUCAAGGGUACAGAGAAAGUGCAACUUCUUCAAAAUUACGUCCCGACGAUUUUCGAAUUUCUACAAACAGUGUCGAACGACUUGAACCGCAACGAAGGACUCCUGAGGGCUUGCAUGGGCAUCAUUGCUGACCUCGGCGAGGCAUUCCCAGACGGAUCCCUCUCCAACUAUUACAGACAAGAAUGGGUCACGAAACUCAUCAAAGAAACUCGAGCUAGUCGCGAAUUUUCAUCACGAACCAUUACUGCAGCACGUUGGGCCAGAGAACAAGUCAAACGACAGACUCAACAUCAAGGUACCGUCAUGACUUGAUGUCGAAAAAUAUCUCUAGUCCCGAUUAUGCUUAUUCAUCUCCCCGGCAUCGACCACCGCCGUCCUACACCAUCCUUGCCCAACACUAGCACCAGCACCAGCACUAGCCCAAACCAAGCACAGCACAGCACAGCACAGCAGUCCCCAGUCUGUCAGAACGCUGACCACCGGUCGUUGAAAAGGUCAUUUCUCAUCAGAAGCCGAUACCAUUGUGGAAUCAGCUGAAGUUGAUGACGAAUCAGACCUUCAACGGUACGGAGCAUAUGGUCACGUCGACAAGCGACAACCCUUCUGGCGCAACCAGAUUGGCAUUCAGCCACAGCACCCCGUGCAAUCACCUCGACAAGUACCACCGAGUCGUCCAACUUGUCCGAGACCACUGCCUCUCCUGCCACCUUGUUACUAUGGCCCUCAACUCGGCACUUACUGCGGCCGCAUCAACUAUGAAUUGCUCCCUAGGUGGGUAUCAGGAUGGACCGACCGAUCCUCUAUAGAUGAAGAUCAGACCUCGAUCUUUUCCUUCAACCCCAGUACUGGACACCCGUUAUUGGAAGAAUGAAAGAUCAGGGGAUGGUUGAGAGCAGGUAGCAUGGACGAUUAUCGGAAGGUGUAUUGGCAGGACUGAAUGUACCGACUGGCGCGUUGAUUUGGAAAUACACACAGACAGAGCACCAUGAUACCCCCUCGCAUAUUUCUAUUCCCCCCUUUCUUCCCUCCUCCGUCCCACCAAAUUUCCCCCUUUUCCCGUCAAUCCUUUGCGUGUUCGAAGGACAUGCUUGGAGUUUUCUUGGGGCGAAAAAGACACUUUAGAACGAACGCUAGAGUGCAUUUUUUUUGUCUUCAUGGCCUCAUGAUAUGUUUGUAGACUAGUCAUUUGAAUUUGCAACCCCCCCAAGACUUGUUUUUUCCUUCUCGAGUUUGAGGUAGACAGACAGACAGACGAACAAAGACAGAGACAGACUAAGCGAGUGUUUUGUGUCAAAGUUGGAGAGUUGAUGAUUGGGGGGUUUUUUUUGUAUUAGAAAAUAGAUUCCACCGUCCUUUUCGUCACGCGCCCCGGGAAGUACCUCUGUAGGUAUGUGCCCAGUCGGUAGGAGGGCAUUUUGGCUUUGACGUAGCAAAUCAUGUUCACAGGGUGCUCACUUUGAUUUUCAGGCCGACAAUGCCGCACCGACAGAGAAAAGAGUCUUUUGUGGGGGGGAAAAAAAAAGGGUCGCGAUGAGCAGCGACAGAGCAUGUCCUUUUUUCUUUCUCUCUCUCUCUCUCUCUCUCUCUGGAGGUGGGUACG